UGCAGUUGUAGCAAGCGUCGCGUUCAUUUACUUUUUUUUGUGAAAAAAAUUAAGUGAUAAUGUUUACGCCCAGGCAAAAAGGCUAUGGCGAAUCACCACACACGCCGAUCAGUUUCAGCCGUGAGCUGCGUCAGGUAUUGCAGGAGCGAAAUUUAUUGACGGCCAAGUCACGCAAGAAAGUAUGUUCAAUGCUGGACAGCAAUUCAAGCAGCCCUAUUGGGUCGCCAAACCCGGAAGCGGGAAAAAGAAUUGGAUUUCGAUUGCAAGCUGUACAGGAGAUUAUAACUUCGGAGAAGUCCUAUCUGGAGCAGCUGGAGCUGCUCAUGAAUUAUUUUGUUCGGCCGCUAAAGGAACAAGCUAUUAUUGAUGCCUCAAAUCACACGGCGCUGUUUGGUCAGAUUGAGAUGAUACAUAAUCUAAACGGAGAGUUUCUGCGCGAGCUGGAGGCGAAUAUGGAAAACGUUGCACAGGCUUUUCUGAAGAUGGCACCAUUCUUCAAACUAUACUCGGUCUAUGCUUUUGACUAUCGUGGUGCCAUGCUUAUACUGCAAGAACUAACAAAUAAGAAUCCGGUGUUUCGCAAAUUUCUGGAAGAUACGGAGAGCCGACCGGAGAUACAACGAAAGCUAAAUUCGUUGAUGAUUGUGCCUAUACAGCGAGUGCCACGGUACAAGCUACUUUUGGAGCAGGUAUUACUCUACACUAGCCCAGCGGAUCAGGACUAUAAACUGCUCAAGGAAUCUGUCAAAGAGAUUGAAGCAACUGCAUCGCACAUCAACUCCUGCGUGGAGGAGCAGGAAAUCACACAAUACUUGAUACAUAUUCAAAAUUCGCUCGUCAAUCGCACACCCAAUAUUGUCAAACCCUCGCGUCGUGUCAUAAAAGAGGGUAUGUUAUCCAAGAUCACGCACAAAGGGAAUGAAAUAAAGCGCUACUGUGUGCUCAUGUCGGACAUAUUUAUGUACUGCAAGGUACUCAAGGAACGUGCUCCUAACUCUCAAGUGGAAAACUCCUUAGAAUGCUGCUGCAUCUUUCCGCUGAAGAAAUGCAAGGUCUACGAUAUGGCGCGUACCUGGGUGGGAUUCAUACGCGAUGCCAUCGAUUUACAUGUGCAGUGUCGAAAGACAUUACGCAAAGACUCCAGCAAGCGUACGCCUAUACGCAAAAAGGAUAUGAAAAAAUUCGGCGCUGACUACGUGCUGAGUCCCAACAAACGCAAAUGUGAGUUCGAGACUGUUUUUCGUAAUAAGAAUCGAUCCAUAGAGUCUGACGAGGAGGCGGAUGAGUUAGCAAAUAGUGAUUGCUUUCCGCGUAAGCGCAAAAUACCAAGUGCAAGAACUGCUCAGACAAGUAACAAACCGUUGACGGUAAUUGUGAAGCGUCCAGCACCACCCCCUCCCACACCACCAACAGUGCAGCUGCGUCGUCAGGGUACAGCUGAGCAGCCAUCUACUUGCAAAGAGAAUCGCAUAUCCAAACUAUAUAAGAUGAUUUCUACCGACAAGGUAACCAAUGUGCGAGGCAUACUUAAGCGCACCAAGCCCACCAGCACAGUCAGCUCGGCUGAUGCUGAUCCCACUUACGGUUUUGCUAGUCGCUACUCUGAUUCAAAAUCCUAUUUUCGCGCACACAAUGUGGACAACACCAUACCCACAGCCAUUAAGCGUGAGGAUCUGUUUGAUGCAGAGUUGGGCGAUGGUAAUUUUCGCGAUGUGCUCUUUCCGUUGAGAUUGAGUGGUGGUAGUCAGAAGAGUGGCGGUUGGACGACGCCGGGCCAGACAUUAAAAACUUGCCAAGAUGCGCUGUUGUCGCCGCCACAGAAAAAGCGUGUCAAGUUUGAUGAUACUCUGGAUGCAAUGCGUAACAAUGCUUCCGAUCAGAAGCCUUUUGCAUUUCCAAGCAGCGAGAUCAACAAACCGACAUCAUUACGUGAGCGCAUUUAUGACUUUUUUGCUAAUCUUUUUUAGACUUUAAAAUUACAUAUCACAUUAUUACAUAUUUACAAACAUUUUCAUAUCAUUAUUGAACAAUAAAAGCA